AAACACUGGCUGAAUCGUGGCGUGCAUACAAACACCUGUACGCGCAUGCGCAGUAAGUGUAACAGUCAGGCCCUCGUCGAGGAAUUUCGCAGUCGUGACCCGUUUCCCUACAAUACGUUUGCGACGUAGCGGAGCGUGGCAGUGCUAGACACCAACAAAUCUUUAGGAAAGUAAACUUUGUGUUCUUCUGUAGUUAUACUUUAACGAUUCAAGAAGAAAAAAAAACGAUUAGCGUGAUGCUGCUAGCACUGAUGUGUAGCCUUCUUGCUGCCUCAGGGAUGACCUCGGCCUCCAGUCUCCAAGUGCCCAUGCUGACUAUUUGUCCAGAUAGCCAUAACGUGACCGUAUUCAACGUCACUGCAACGAGCCAGCCCGGAAGCAACAUGCUCAACGUGUCGUUUCACAUCGACGUUACUAUGUCAUUGAAAACAUACCCAACCCUUGAAGUGGCCAUAACGGAGGAAGGAAUGGAAUCCUUGAUUCCUUGUCUCGAAGACGUCGGUUCUUGCCUCUACCAUCUCUGUGAUGGCAAUUCUACCAUGGAAAAGGAGCUGACGAAGGCGUGGAGUAACACAUGUCCCAUUCCUCCUGGGAAGUAUUUUGUCAAUAUGACAUUGGACCUCGCGAAGAACAAGCACCUGACUUCAGGAAGCGCGAACAAGGUCUUCAAGUACACGUUCGAGGAUGGUGGCAAUGUAACUGGCUGCGUGUCCUUCCCUGUCCACAUCCCGCCUACGGCAGGGUCAUCGGCCACUGCGCUUCCAUCCUUACACGCGCCAUGGAUUCUCACCAUUUCUCUGUUUUUGCUGAGAUUUUGGUAGAUGUCUAGGGAAUGAGCUUGUGUAAUUUUUAUCACGAAUGUAUGUUGCAUGGUGUACAAAAAUGAUUUAGCUUGCAUAACAACCAAAAGGUAAGAGCUAGAAUCGAGGAAUUUGUGAUCAAAUUGCGACUCACAUCAGUGUCAGCGAGCCCCAGCUACUCACAGAUACAGCAUAUCGUUGUGAAGUGGCCCGAGUCACGCGGCAAUCAUUUUGUAGGUGUAAUUUUCUUCACAGCGAACACCGUAUGCCUUUUACUAAGUCUGCUCAUCGAAAGUUGCUAAAGCUGCAGCUUAACAUCAUGCGCACACCAGUAUCAUCUUAUGUUCAACUAAAUAUUAGGAUAUUUCUGAUAGUAAAGAAAGCUUCAUGCCACAGAAAAUGCACUUACGUCAGCCGCAGCUGUCAGAUUGGUAGAAAACUGGUCAACCUUUAAACCAGUUACAGAGCAAUAAUUAGGAGAAUUUAAAAUGUUUUCUUAAUAUUCCUUUGUAGAACUGCACUGAUGAGUUCGUCCAUAUAAUACGGUAUGCCCGCUGACGAUAAUGAAUAACAAUAAACGGCUUGAUGAAAAUGUGUAAUCAGAGUGAAUAAUCUAUAAAACAGUCCAUAACUGGGCGUAAUUGCUAUUACAGAAAAUGUGUUAUACAUGCUCGACAACUGCUAGCCCAUCAAAUUUCGAAAUACAGA